CUGGUCAUCAAUUUUCUGCUUAUGCAAAAGAGUUAGACAAUUUAUUCACUCAGCAACUCAUGAAAAUGCCUGGUGUUAAAGAGGAGAUACCGCAAAAAUCUGUUGCAGAACCUUCUAGCAAGGGAACAAAGACAUGUAAACCUGUUGUAGAAUCACCUGCGGCAAAACCUGCAAUAUCUGAUGUCAAACGUCCUAAAAGGACUAUCAAGGCACCUGCAAAAGAUUUACCUGAUGUACCUGCUGCUCGUCGUAAAAAAAUUAAAAAGAACACUGAUGUCGCAUUUUGCCGUGAAGUUAUUAGGGAAUUGCGAAAACGAAUUCAUUGGCAUUACGCAUAUCCAUUUUAUGAACCAGUUGAUGCUGCAAAAUUAGGUGUUCCAGAUUAUUAUAAAAUUAUCACACGUCCGAUGGAUCUUUCUACUAUCAACACUAAGCUGGAAAAUGAUCAUUAUGUAAACGCUGAUGAGUUUGAAGCAGAUAUUCGUCUCAUGUUUCAAAAUUGUUAUACCUAUAAUGGGCCUGGGAGUGAUGUGUAUAAUAUGGGUAAAGAAUUAGAAAAAGUUUUUGACAAAAAGUGGGCAGAGAGACCUAAGGUUCAGGCUC